AAUUAAUUAACCCACUUAUAAUGGGGGCGGGCGAAUGCGUCUCUCAUCAAACCCCACUCCCAUGUCGUCUCUCUCGCUCUCGCUCACAAACACCACACAACCUUCGCCGCAAACCUCGAUUUCCCACGCUCUCAGACCACCCUCAGUUCUCUCCCGCACCGACUCACAGCCUACGGUAAGUGCCAUACUACGGGCUCAAGCUAGUCCCUCUCCUGUUUGUCCCUUCCCAGUUUCCCUCCUGACUGUUGUUGUCCCCCGAACACAUGUUUCCUCCCACUACUUGCAAACCCCCCCAACUCGCAAUCCCUCCCGUUACACCCUCCAUCCUUCACCACCCUACCACCUACCCACUCUCGUCCCCUUAUGUGAACCAAUCAACCCUCCCGCUACAAAAUCUCUCCCACAACCAUGUCCUUUUAUCCCCAAAAGUCAGCGAUAAAGCCUAACCGAUAAACCACAACCCCCCCCUUCCUCUUUUGGCCACGAUGAGCAAGACCCCUCCAGAUGCGCCGUCCCCGGACCGGAAACGCUCCCUGGAAGCCGAAACCUCCUCCGACGAAGACGACGAACGCGGCGGCCGGUACAAGCGUCAGGCGAUCAGUGUAGACGAUAAGGCCGGGAACGAUGCGGAUAAGCCGCAGCCCGUGCCUGUGUCUGCGGACUCGAGGGCCAGAUCUACCGGUGGAUCGUUUAGUGUGAAGGAAGAGGAAGAUGCGGUUGGAGCCUCCGUUUCUGAUGAACUGGCGGGUGGGGCGGAUGUCAAGAGAGAGGCGAACGGAAAGUCGGAACCGAUAUACCCGACGGCAGGCUCGCAAUCGAACGUCCAAGUCGCCGCACCCGCCCCACGCCCCGACAAGGAGUUCCGCAUGCGCGCGCUCAUCUCCACCCGCGAAGCCGGGAUCAUCAUCGGCAAGCAGGGCCGCAGCAUCAACGACAUCCGCAACCAAUCCGGCGCAAAAGUCCAGAUCUCCGACCACAUCCCUAACGCGCAAGACCGCAUCCUCAUGAUCACGGGCCUAAUGGACCAGAUCUCCAAAGCCUUCUCCCUCGUCGCCGGCAAAAUGGUCGCUGAGCUGCAGGACAACAGCGAUAUCCCCUUAUCGCAGCGCUUGACAGAGAUCCGCCUCCUCGUUCCGAACCAGAUGAUGGGCUGGCUCAUCGGCCGACAAUCACAGAACAUCAAGGAAAUCAUGCACAACUCCUCCGCGCAGAUCCAGGCCGCUAGCGGGUCCUUGCCCAACUCCACGGAACGCGUCGUCAGCGUCGUGGGUGUAGUCGACGCCAUCCAUCUCGCGAGUUACCAUAUCGGCGUCUCCCUCCAAAACCACCGCGACGAGAUCCGUGGAUUCGUGCCCUAUGUCCCCUUCGCGCCGAUGAACCCGGCCGCGUACAUGGGCGGCGCCGACGCACGCGGGAUGGGCGGACCGGGCGGACCAGGCGGGUACGGCGCCCCGAUGCCCUACGGAUUCCCCGGCGCCCCCUUCAUGCAGCAAGGCGGGCACCCCCACCACCCCCACCAACAACACCCUGCCCACAUGAUGCAACAACAAGCCGCCGCGUACGGGUACCCCCAAGGCAUGCCCGGCGGCCCUCCCCCCGGCGGGCCCCCCAACAACGGCGCUCCAAACGGCCCCUCCCAGAUGGUCCAGAUGUACAUCCCGAACGACAUGGUCGGCGCGGUGAUCGGCAAACAGGGCGCGCACAUCAACGAGAUCCGGCUGGCGAGCGGGUGCAAGAUCAAGAUCAUGAGCGCGGAUCGCAAUAGCACAGAGACGCUGGUUACUGUUACGGGCGCCCCCGAGGCGAACCAGAUGGCGCUGUAUAUGCUUUAUACGAGGUUGGAGAGUGAGAGGGCGAGGAUGCAGGUUAGGUGAGCGGG